UAGUUUUUUGUUUUCAAGUGAUUCAUUUUUUAACUGACCGUUCAUUGUUAAGAUAAUAAUUAACACAUAAAUAACAAAUUAAUUUUGAUUAAAAUUAUGGCUUCACCGAGACCUAAGUCUCCUGAGCAAUCAGAUAAAAAUAGAAAAUAUGACAGACAAUUAAGAUUAUGGGGCGAUCAUGGACAAGCUGCUUUAGAAACAGCUGACAUUUGUCUGAUUAACGCAACUGGUCUAGGUACCGAGAUACUGAAGUCUUUAGUUUUACCUGGUAUCGGCGCUUUCACUAUUAUUGAUGGCAAGAAAGUCACGCAGGAGGACAUCGGUGCCAAUUUCUUUUUAGACAGCGAAAGCUUUGGAAAGUCGCGGGCUCAAGUAGCAACUCAAAUGCUAGUAGAAUUAAAUUCUGAUGUAAAGGGUGAUUAUAUCGAUGAGGAGCUGGAUCAGAUUCUGGAAAAUGAUCCCGAGUAUUUUACUAAAUUCUCAGUGGUGGUAGCUACUUCAUUGACUGAAAAGUCUUUGAUUAAUUUAUCAAAGAAACUUUGGGAACUAAAUAUUCCUUUGAUAGUUUGUCAAAGUGUUGGAUUCAUCGGAUACAUGAGAGUCCAAAUCCAGGAGCACAACAUCAUAGAAUCUCACCCUGAUUAUGAAAUGCCGGAUCUUAGGCUGGACAAACCUUUUCUAUCGUUGAAAGCUUACUUGGACUCUAUUAAUUUGGACGAAAUGGACCUCAAAGAUCACUCACACACUCCCUAUGUGGUUAUUUUGUACAAAUGCUUACAAGAGUGGUUAUCCAAGGGAAAUGGCUUGCCAAAUUCUUACAAGGAAAAACGGCAGUUCAUCCAGUCUAUCAGAGACAAAAUGCGAAAAGACGAGAAUGAUGAUCCUAUGGAAGAAGACAAUUUUGAAGAAGCCAUCAAAGCAGUCAAUACUUGUAUUGGAGUUACUAAAAUUCCUAGUAAUACUUCUGAAGUUUUAGAAGAUGAUCGUUGUAUAAAUUUGACUGACAAGAGUCUUCCAUUCUGGAUAAUUGCUAAAGCUAUUCGUGAUUUUACACUGAACGAAGGACUGGGUUUGUUGCCGGUAAAAGGAGCGCUUCCUGACAUGACUGCAGAUAGUGAAAAAUAUAUUAGUCUUCAGCAAGUGUAUCACAAGCAAGCUGUCGCAGACGCAGAAGCAGUAUGGCGCCAUACUCUCAGCUUACAGAAGCAACUAGGUCUUGCAAUGGACUCGAUUUCCGAAAAACACGUCAAACUAUUCUGCCGUCACGCAACAGACUUACAUGUUCAACGAGGAACAUCUAUUGCCGAUGAGUACGACCCGAAAACAAUAAACAGCAACUACAUUUCCGAAAAUUUGGAGAACCCCGAGAGCCUGAUGGUCUACUAUGUAGUUCUCAGAGGAAUGCAAAAGUUUCAGAGUUAUUACAACGUCUAUCCAGGAGAAUUUGACGAUCAAGUAGAACCUGAUAUCGUGACACUUAAGGGUUAUAUCACGAAAUUACUUGGAGAGUGGGGAUGUGGACCCUUGCCUACUGAUGACUACAUCCACGAGUUUUGCAGAUUCGGUGGUGCCGAGUUGCAUUCAGUAUCUGCGUUCCUUGGUGGGCUGGUUGCUCAAGAAACUAUUAAGUUUAUUACUUGCCAGUACAAACCGAUUCAUAACACGUUUAUUUACGACGCAACUUCAUCAAAAUCAGCCUCAUUUUUAUUCUAAACAAAACAUUAAUGCAUAAUUAAUAUAUAGUAAUAAGAGUUGAGUAUAAUAUUUUUUAAGAAAUAAACUUAAAUACUGUCA